AUGCGGAAGACAACUUUCAAAACGAAAGAAGGGUUUUAUGGGUGGCUAGUAAUGCCCUUCGGGCUGACUAAUGCUCCUAGCAUGUUCAUGCGAGUUAUGAACCAGGUCGGAAGAGGAGCAUCUUAUGCAUUUGCGCGAAGAAUUGGUUGCCCUGUAGGUAAACAAAUUGUAUGCCAACCUGAAGGGAUCCAAGUUGAUGAUGCAAAAAUAAGGACGAUUAGGGACUGGCCAAUCCCAAAGACAGUGAUUGAAGUGAGAAGUUUCCACGGAUUGGCAACCUUCUACAGGCGUUUCAUUAAAAAUUUCAGCAGUAUUGCAGCCCCAAUCACAGAGUGCUUGAAGAAGGGGAAGUUCAAUUGGGGGGAAGCAGCUGAAGCCAGUUUUGCAUUGCUAAAGAAGAAGCUUUGCAAUGCCCCAAUUUUAGCACUGCCGGAUUUCAACAAGCUAUUCGAGGUUGAUUGUGAUGCAAGUGAUGUGGGGAUCGAAGCCGUCUUGCCUCAAGAAAGGCAUCCAGUAGCUUUCUUUAGUGAAAAAUUAAGUGAAGCAAGAUAUAAAUGGAGUACCUACGAUAAAGAGUUUUAUUCUAUUGUUCAUGCUCUUAAGACAUGGGAGCAUUACCUGGUUGGGCGAGAAUUUGUGUUGUUCUCAGAUUGUGACGCCUUGAAGCAUCUAAAUUGCCAAACCCGAAUCAGCAAAGAUAUGCAUGCUAGGUGGAUACAAUUUCUACAGAAAUUCCCUUUCAAGUUACGAAAUAAAGCAGGGCUGAAAGAGGUGUAUAGGGAGGAUGAAGACUUUCAGGCCAUUUGGGAAAAAUGCUCUACGAACCAGCCAUGCGGAGAUUUUCAUAUUCAGGAUGGCUAUUUAAUACGAGGAAAUCAGCUUUGUGUCCCUAGAACAUCCUUGAGGGAAAAGGUCAUUCGUGAUCUGCAUGGUGGUGGACUUGCUGGACAUUUAGGCAGAGAUAAGACACUUGUUGCAGUAGAGAAGAGAUUCUCAAAAAUGGCGCAUUUCAUUCCUUGCAAGAAGACUUCAGAUGCUACGGGGAUAGCUAAAUUGUUUUUCAAGGAAGUCGUUAGGCUACAUGGAGUGCCGAAGACUAUUACUUCAGAUCGAGAUAACAAAUUUCUGAGCCAUUUUUGGAAGACUUUAUGGCAACUAUUUGAUUCUUCUUUGAAUUAUAGUACCACGGCCCAUCCCCAAACAGACGACCAAACCGAAGCAACCAAUACGACAUUGGGCAACUUGGUUCCUAGGCAUGCUGUUGAUUUGAUCAAAUUACCUACAACUUCUGGAGUGAGGAAUGUAGCAGCUAAACAAAUGGCAGAGCAGUGGCAGUCAGUUGCAGCAGAGGUGAGGAGCAAAAUUGAGCAGUCUAAUGCUAAAUACAAGGUAGCAGCAUAUAAGCAUCGCAGGAAGCAAGUUUUCACUGUUGGAGACCAAGUGAUGGUGUUCUUAUGCAAAGAAAGGUUUCUAGUGGGUGAAUACAACAAGUUGCAGCCUAAGAAGUAUGGGUCAUACCAGAUUCUUAAGAAGGUAAAUGAUAAUGCUUAUGUGGUAGCUUUGCCAGACAAUAUAGGGAUAUCCAAGACCUUUAAUGUGGCAGACCUUUACCCUUAUUAUGAUUCUGACGAGCCCUUGUAUCCUGAGACUUCAACAAACUCGAGGUCAAGUUUUUCUUAG